UGUAAUUCAUUAGCCAAUCCACGAGCCGAGGAGACAGGAAUUAAGCCGACCAAAUUCCUUGGCGUGCCACUGCUCUCCUUCCCUUUGAGGCAGCAGCACCAGCGAGAAAGCUUCACCUCUUUUCUUUCCCCCUCCUCUUGCCCUUCUCCUCCAGCGGCAGAGCCACCAGCUGAGCGUGACCAAGCCUUGCAGUGGUUCCCCUCUCCCCCUGGGAGGUGGAAGGGAAGAUGAGCAGAGGAAAAGCAGCCAGCACAUCCCCGGAUCGCCUGGGCCACUGCAGUCCCAACGGGGCGGCCAGCAACGGCUACGGUGCACCCGGCCUCCACGGAGACGGUGGAUACCAAUGCUCCUCUUACUCCUUCUCCAUUGAUGGGAGACUCGUGACCCCCGUGCACCUUGAUAUCGACCCCGACUUCCAAGCCAUGCGGGAGCAGGAGAAAGAAGACAUCAAGUCGCUCAACAACCAGUUCGUGACCCUAAUUGAGAAGGUCCAGUGCUUGGAGCAACAGAACAAGAUCCUGACGACAAGGUGGAACUUCCUGAAAGAUCAAGACAAUUCCCACUCCGAGUCGGACAUCAAGACCAUCUAUGAUCAGUACAUGAGCAAAAUGAAUCAAGAGAUGAAGUCACUCAACUACGAGCAGGAAGAUCUCGAGUCGGAGCUGACAAAGGUCCUGGGCACCAUGGAUAACUUCCGAAGCAAAUACGAGGAUGAAAUUCGCCUCUGUAGCGGCAUGGAAUACACCUUCAUGGAGCUCAAAAAGGAUUUAGAUGUGAGCACCUUGUACAGAACUGAGCUGGAGGUAAAACUCAAUGGGCUUCGAGAGCUGAUGGACUUGAAAAAAACCAUCUACAAGCAGGAACUCGAGGAGCUGCUGACAGAAAUCAAGGACAUUUCUGUGGUCCUGGGAAUCGAGAACGCAUGCAAACUUGAUCUGAGCAGAAUCGUGGAAGAUGUGAGGGCCCAGUAUGAAGCCCUGGCUCUUCGCAGCUGGGAGGAGGCAGAAGCACUCACCAGGAGAAAGCUGAACGAAGGAAGCAUCCAGUCCAGCACCUACGGGGGCCACCUCCUCGACAGCCGGCGGGAGAUCGCAGACCUGAACAUACAGAUCCAGAAGCUGAGGUCCUGCAUCGUGUCCCAAAAGAGCCAGUGCCUGUACUUAGAGGAACACAUCAAGGAAGCAGGAGAACACGGCGAGACAGCCCUCAAGGAUGCCAAAGCCAAACUGGUCAAGCUAGAAGAAGCCCUACAGAAGAGCAAAGAGGAUAUAGCUCACCUGGUGAAAGAGUAUCAGGAGCUGAUGAACAUCAAGCUGGCGCUGGAUGUGGAGAUCCUCACUUACAGGAAGCUGAUGGAAGGAGAGGAGAACAGCAUGGAGCAACCAAUACCCACAGUCAUCAGCACCGUCCACUCCAGACCAAAGCACCUUUCUGCCAGCACCUUGAGGAACUCCAAGCUGUUUGCCAGAGGAACGGGCAGCACCAACGGGGAGAUGAAGCCAAACGGAGACCGUACAAAGACGCUGCCCUCUAGAAGCCACAGCGACAGCUCAGCCGUGCCAGAAGCAGACGCCCUCAGCAGCGGAGCCCGGGCAAAGCUCAGCUCCACACAAGAAUGCUCCUAGGAGAAACAGAGCUCCGCAGCGUUCACGCAAGAACGGCAUCUGUAGCCAAAUGAGGAUAAAUCACUUUCUCCUGAACUCAAGCCACCAUCCGAGGGACAAAGGAUGAGAAUCCACUCCAGGCUGUCUCUUAAGUUCGUCUUUACACGUCCCAGUUAGCAGCUCUAUUACCAGUUAUAAGCAGAAUUCAACCCGGGAUUUUAGAGACCCAUUCCGAUACCCACACCACCACCUUCCUCUCUAGGUCUGUUUUGCCAGAUGAACCUGUAGGAAACCUGGAAGAGCGGGAAGCGUCCUCACACAAGCUCCUAAGCAGCAGCCCAGUUGUUUCACCAGUACCACAAACCCAUUCCUUCUGCUCUGCCUGCGAGAGGCGUUCACUGAUGUGGCUUUCAAAGGAAAGCAGCAUCAGCUUUCCAAACGGAGCUGGUGGGGAGAUGCAGGGAAACGAUGUGAGCUGGGUGGAUUUGGGACACCGGGAUUUGCCUGUCUGGUGACAAAGCUACUGGUUGUACUGGGGGAUCCUCGGCCGCUUCAGAGUAUUUAACUGAUUCUACUGCCUUUUGGGUGGCCCUUCUGUCCUUCCCAUCCCAGCAAAGCUAAAACUCCUUUAAACUUUUGUUUUCAUAAUCCACCUUUCCAGCAGAGAGCACCUCCAUGCGUCUCACCUGAAGG